AUGUACAUUCCCAGACAACAAGAUUUGGCAGGUUCCGAGUCGCUACUCCUGUUAGUACCGGUAGCAGGCCUUGAACCCCCUGGGUCUCUCACUUUCGCGCUGCGAGCAGCUGUUCCGUCUACAGGAUCAAGCACAAACAGCACAAGCGAAGAUGCAAACAAGCCAGUCUUCGGCGGAGCAGCAACUGCUUUCAUCGCAGUCACCAUCACCGUUCUCAUCUUUCUUGCAUUUGUUGUGGCAUGGACAGUCUACCGCAGAGUCAGCAACGGCGAAGAAGACUCCGACACCGAAUCGUCUACCUCGGAAUCAGCCUGGCGUGUCGAGCCCGAGUAUGCCUCGCCCAACACCACAAUCACCGCCAAACACCGGAGACGAAUAAAGAAGCUGGAACAGGUGGCUCCCUCGCAAACCCUGAGCCAGUGGCGCGCCGACAAGCAAGAGCACCAUGUCAAAACGUUUGCGACCAUCUCCACAAAAUUGAUUUGCGCCAUCUGCCUCGACAUAAUACAGGACUCGGACACGAUCCGUGAACUGCAUUGCUGCCACGUCUACCACGCGAACUGUUUGAACUUGUGGGUCGAAAGAGGCCAUCAUGACUGCCCGCUAUGCAAGUACGAUAUCAUUCUUGGAGCGCAGAAAGAGGCGCAGAAAGAGCAUGGACUCGAGCAUGCGGAAUCUGCCGAGACAUCACAUCCCGGGGAGCAGCAGGACGGACCACGCGAGCAUCCCGCCGUCACGGCCUCGAGAGAACUCGAGGUCCGGAUGCAGCAACAGCAGGCCAAUGGAACAAAUGGAACAAUUCCACACAACGAGGAACAGACUACAAGCCAUGGCGCCAACGCCGAGGAGAGACGCGAAGAACCGGCAGCUUGA